AUGGUCAUUGUAAUUCUGGAGUUCUUCACCAACAUAGAGCCUUUUGGUCCUUUUUUAGGCAUACGGCAUCUGCAAUCGCUGCUACUUUUUCUUGCCAUAGUCGUUAACUAUAUAGCUCGACUCAAUGUCAGUGUAUCCGUUGUGGCCAUGACAGAUGCAGCCACCACAAAUCCAGAUUUUCCCGAAUAUGAUUGGUCAGAAGCCGAAAGAUCUUAUAUAUUGUCAAGCUUCUAUUGGGGCUAUAUUUUGACUCAUUUUCCUGCAGGAUUUUUGGUGAGAAGAUUUGGGGUGAAAAUCACACUCUUUAUUCCAACUUUUGCCACUACAAUUUUAAGUAGCAUCACUCCAUAUUGCAUUGAAGCGAUAGGAUGGCAGGCCUAUUGUGUCAUCCGCUUUGUGAUGGGGCUAUUCCAAGGCCUCAUCUUUCCCUGCUUACAUGAGCAUCUGGCCAAGUGGUCACCACCAAGCGAGCGUAACCGUUUGGGAGUCAUUGCAUAUUCUGGAAUGGAUUGUGGUUCACUUUUGGCCAUGUUUAGCAGUGGUUUAAUUGCCAGCAGUUCUAUGGGUUGGCCUGGCAUAUCAUAUGUGUCGUCUGGCAUUUGUGGAGUUUGGUGUUUGCUAUGGCUUAUUUUAGGUGCAAACAACGCACCAAGUUCCUGUCUGGUGGGCCAAAAAGAACGGGACUACAUUGAGCGAUCAAUGAAACGAGAAGAUGGAUUCCAUGCUCAAAAGAUUCCAGUGCCUUGGCGAGCUAUCUGGACAUCGGUGCCAUUUAUUGCAAUUGUAGUACUUUGUAUUGCACAGGGAUGGGCUUACUCUACAAUGCAACUGCAGACGCCCUCGUAUAUGCAUGGAGUACUGGGAAUGGAUAUCACCUCCAAUGCUCUCUAUUCGGCUCUACCCUUUCUGGCCAUGUGGUGCAUGUCGUAUGUUUUUUUGGUGUUUGCCGAUGUGGCCAUGUCUCGACAAUGGAUGUCAUUGACAACUUUGCGUAAAUCGAUCAAUACAGUGGCUUUUUGGGGUCCAGCCGCGGCACUUAUCGGCAUUGGUUUUCUGGACAAGAGCCAGACAAAUUUGGCCAUUGCAUUGAUGACAAUUAGUACAGGUUUAUAUGCCGGCAAUGGCAUUGGCAGCAUGUUGACCAUCAUCGAUAUGUCGCCUAAUCAUUCGGGCAUGUUGAUGGCGGUUACCAAUGGCAUUGGCAACUUAUUUCCUUUAUUGGCGCCUCUACUCGUGGGUGUGAUUGUCACCGAUUCGAGCUCACGCAGUCAGUGGCAGAUUGUUUUUGGCAUCACGGCCGUUGUGUUCUUCUUUGGCAACUUGGUGUACAUUAUUUGGGGCAGCUCCGAACGGCAGCCGUGGGAUGCUGAGGAUUUCUUACAGCCGCAUGAUUCGGAAAAUAUUAUGCGACAAAAUGAUUUUAAGGCAAAUGAAGGGGAUAAAGCAAAAUAUGGAACAAUGACGAAUGUAAGGAGAGAGCGGCAACAAGAAUAA